AUGGGUCACCAGCAGCUCUCCUGGAGCCAUCCAAAAAAAUUCGGCCGGGGUUCUCAUUCUUGUCAUUAUGGCCUCAAUAUGUGCUGCCAGUGUUUCCAUCAGUAUGCAGAGGAGGUAGGCUUCAUUAGGUUAGACUAA